ACAUUCUGAAUGUCCCAGAAAUAUGUGAAGCUUGCGAGAACAAGCUGAUACGGUAAUGCUAAAAUUUGUUCGAAUUCAUUGUGACACUGUUGCAUUGUUGUUGUUAUUUUUGUUUAUGUUGGAUUUAACGCCACACACACUAAGUGUCGGUCAUAUGAUGAUUUGCCAUCAUUUAUGGUGGAGGAAGACCAAAGAUGUUCGUCCGAGCAUUAUUUAAGGCAUGGCCAGUCACCUGUGUGGAACCGUGUACCUUCAGUUAGCAAGCGGAAUUCUCCAACUCAUACGAGUUUUCGAACCCACAUCGACUAGGGGUUAGUGAUUGGAAGUCAGCGACCUAAACUACUUGGUCGAGAAGACACUUGUCGUGUCUUGUUUGAAUAUUACAUUCGUUAAAAAUAUUAAAGAGGUCAUUAUCCUUUACAUGCUGGGAACAAAAAUGUUUGUCUGACGUGUGAAAAUUCAGGACACUGAAAUUUCUGCAUAGUGUAAGCGUACACAUUUGAUAUAAAACCUUUAUACUUAUUCAGAAGUAUAAACACGCGAAUAUAUGCGAUACGUGAAGGGCCCAUCGCUUCAUCUUUUAUAAGCUACUUUUACUACGUAACAUUGUACGUUUAAUUAUGUACAUAAACGUUGUCAAAUUCCACCUUCAAAUUUUCAAUGUCUUAUUCCAGGCUUUACAUUUACUUGAUUUUUUUGAAGUUUCAAAACGGAACCAUGUGCUCAAUUAGUGUGUGUUGACUGCAUUCCAAGACAGAACAAAAGGAAAAAAGAUGCUCUGUUUGUGAAGAAAGACUUGAGUAAUACACUGCAGUAUUAAGUGCAUAAUUAUAGUGACAGAUAAUGAUAUGCUAUAAUUUUUGGUAAAUGUGAUAUUAUAGUUCGGCGGGUAUGAAUAUGAAGUGUUGGUGCUUUUUAUUAGUCGUGCUGUAGCGUUGUCGUGACUUCGCCCCGCCAAAACAAAAAGACAAAAACCCGAUAAAUGCCUUUAAGUUAUUUGUUUCGACCCGCCGACACGAAAUUAUGAAAACACAACACAUACUUAUACUAAACAUUAUUUUGAUUUAGGCCUCGUCUACUUUCAGCCUGGACAUAUGAUGUCUUGAUUUGGAAAACAACUUUAAUCUUACAUCAAUAUAUUUAAGAUUUUAUCAUUGAUACAUUCCGAAGGUCUACUUCUAGCUUUAGAAGGUAAUGUGACACAAGUUCUAUACCGCACUUGAAAGAUAAAACAAACUGUCUUUUAAAAUUAAAAGCUUUCAAUUUAUUGCCUUAAUUCGAGCUUUAUUGAGAAAUAAAUCUUUAUAUAUUUCGUACUUAAAAGCGGCUGCUUUGCAGUUCACGGACCAUUUCCAAUUGAAAGUGUCUCCAGAAUCGAAACAUCGUUGCAAAAGUUAAUCAUCAAUAAUAGUAUCACAUUUUGUGACGGAGUAUAACAGGCUCUUGAAGCUCUUUCAAUAAAUAUUUAUCCAUUAUCAUAUCCCACCCACCUAAUAUACUAUGAAGUAGUUGGCCUACAGGUUGGCCCAGUAAAUUGCGUAUUUUUAGUCAUUGUUCACCGUCUCACAACUCGAAUAGCAUCUCAGUUAUCAAUGUAAGCCUAAAUAAUCUUUCAGAAGAAAGAAAAUCAUUCAUUCAAAAUCACCGUUUUGGAAGUCCGCCAUACCUUAUCCAACGUACGUUUGCAAAUUUCGAAGCUCAUUCACUUUAAAAUUUGAAAAAAAAAACAAACAAAAAAAAAAAAAAACAACAAAAAACAAAAAAAGAAAGAAAGAAAAAAAAAGUUUGUUUACUUUUUUAACUCCCUCCCAACAAUUCAAAGAACUGUGACGUAUUAUUCGUGACGUCAUUUUAGCUUGAUAAUGAUGAGGUUUAAAAUGUUUGCUUUGUUGUUUCUAACAAAACGAGUUUCGACUUUUUCGAUACGCCUCUUUUUCAUGAUCAGUUGCUGAAACUAAAUAUAUGGGAUUCCAAAUUAAAAUAUCUAUAUUAAAUUUGUCAAAGUUUAUGUGCUACAGGACAGAUAAGUAUCAUAACAAGCAUUUCAGUCACUUGUAGUUUCAGCUGAGAUUUCUAAUCAAUGAGGUUGGUACACUUUAGAAAUUAUUACAGAUAUCACGUUAUUUCAGAAGUAAAAAUAGAUUAAUAGAUUAAAGUUUGAAAUUUUACACAUGUACUAUAUGUGAAAAAGUCCGAGUAAAAUUUUAUCGAUUAAUUUACCCUAGUGAAAUUAGAAUCAUUCCACAAUAUUUCGUUAAAAUUAUGAAUAUUCAAGUUAAAGUCUGCAUUCUUCAUUUCAACAGUGCAAUGCAAAUGUAUCCGUUUGGUUAUUUGUCAGCAUUUGUCAACAUAUCUGGACAGUUUACAUUGGACCCGUGAUACCCAGUCUUCGUGUUGAAGCGCUUUUAUAGUUUUGGCGGAAGCGGAGCGAAAGUGAGUGGCAUGUCCGACAUCAUGCUUACAGAACAUCUCAACUCAUCAGAUCAAUGAAACACUCCAAGGAAAUCAUUCGAGGCACGUUUUAGUGCACCGAAUUAUACUCAUUACUAGGUCACUUCUUCGUCGCAUUCUUAAAUUUGUAACUUAAACCAUUGCUGCAGCUGCUUUUAUGGCAAAUCCGUAUCAAAUUCUCCAGGUAGGUAUAUCGUCUAAUCGAACUCAAUGUAUAUAUGUAUAUAUAAAUUACAAAUGUGAAGUGCGAAUUUCUUAAAUCUGCAGUAUUGAACAUAGUUCAUCUUUUUGUACUGAAAAACAAUGAUAAUGAAUAUUGAGAUACUUAUUUCAUAAGAGUUUGAAAUAAUAUCAAUGGGAAAUUGCACCUUUACAUGUUUUGAUAUAACGACUUUAGAUGCAAGGGAAUCAACAGUAAACGCAUCCUUACAUACCUGGGAAUAUUCAUCUUUUUAUAAGAUCAAAUUCUGGCGUACACUGAUAUAUAUAUACUUGAAUAUACUUGAAACAGUUUUAGAUACGGCUGUGUCAUUGUUAUUGUGCUGAAAAUGUGUAACGGAGUGUAGUGCCCACGUGUAAUAAGAAAAUGAGCUUUUAAACAGAAUGUAUAAGUAAAAAAAAAAGGGUCAAACUGCAACUUAUAACAAGACACUUUUAUUCAUUGCAAAAGUGGACGAAGGAAAUGACGUCGACGUCAAUAUUUAAAAAAAAAAGAGUUUGGCAGAAAAUCAUAAACAGGAUUAUAGUAUGCUAUAUAAAUACUGGUAAAAAAGUAGUAAAAGUAAAAACAAAACCUUAUAUUCAAGAUAACUUGAAUAACUUCAUUUCUGUGUCAGCAGUUUAAUUGUUGUCAAGCGGAUUACUUCAAUACAGACCUGUGUAUUUUUCAGUUGCAACAAUAAUCGAACAAGAUUUUGUCCGUAAGUAUUGACCUGGCACUCAUUAAUCUUCGCCAGUAUUUCGGGCGUUUUCGUUAAUUUACGCAAUAUUAGUACCCUGAAAGUAUCUACAUUACUAAAGUAACAUGUAAAGUUAAUCGACGACACGGUGGCGUAGAGGUAAAGUGUCUGACUUCCACACACGUUACCACGGGUUCGAAAUCGCUUACUGAAUAGAACUUUUUUUUUUCAAUUUAAUGUAUUGUAAUGUUAUCGUUUCCAUUAUUUUAUUAUCAUAUUUUAUUAAUUUUAAUUGUUUCUCUUGUAGUAUUAAUUUCUGGAACGCUGGUGACAGGUAAUUUGUCUUUUUAUCUAAUAUACAUUUAAAACAAUUUUAUUCCACAUUUUUUACAACGGGUAGAUACGAUUACUCUUCAAAAAUGAACCAUAAAUAUCGCGAUACGUUUGAUCAAAUGAGUAGUAAGUCUGCAUAUAAAAUUUAUGGAAAAAAAUAUGGACGUAGGACUCGAACCACCGACCCUGAUAUAGGCAGGCAAACGCUUUGUCCGCGCAGCUAUAUACCUGCACAUGUGACAGUAUAUCAAUUAAGAACGAUAUAUGUAAUAUUAAGUUAUAUCGCUAUUUAUGUCCGAAAACCGAAAAUUAAUUUACGUAAAUUAUACGGAAUAUUCAUGAGUGCCAGGUCAAUACUUCCGGACAAUACCUGGCACAGAAAACUUACUCGUACAAUAUAAAUAAUUAACCUAUAUUCAUUUAUCGUCACACAAUCAGUUUCAAAGCUUAUGCAUUUACCGAUAAAUUUGAAUAAAGAUAUGUAAAAUAUGAACUUUUUAAUUUUCUUUUGUACCGAAGUAAUUAUAUUAAAUAUGACCUAUACAAUACUGUAUUUAUUGCUUUUUUAUAUAUGAUGUCCGAUCUUUAUCUUUUCAAAUAAAUGGCCAACGGUCAAAGUUUGAAAAUGUCACUAUGUUAACACAUGCAGUGUAAGCAAUUAUUAGGUUUUGUGAAAUAUGGAAAAUUUUGUAGAUUGUAAUAAAUUAUAGGAAUAUUGUUUCUUUUAUAAGUGCAAAAAAAAUCAAAAUGGUUUUAUGAUGAUUAUAACACACAAAGUAAAAUGUGUAUGAACCUUACAGAAUUAUCAGGUAUUGCGUUGUAGAUUAUGAAGUGUAUGAAGUUGCAGCCCAAAAUGCUAGGGUCAAGGACACGGAGUAAUGCCUUUAAACAACAAAAGUAUUUAUCAUUCGAGAGGGCGACAAUGUGGAAAACUAAUAUUCAACGUAUAUUGCUAACAUUUCUUACAUUUUAUACGUUACUAUAUUUGAUUGUUAUAAAUGGAAUGUACAUAACGGUAAGCAGGAAUAUAUAUUCAUUACGGUAAAUGCAAGCUACUUUGAAAUAUAUUAAUUGAAAUAUUUUGUUGAGUUUAACGUCGCAUCUACACAAUUUUAGGUCAUAUGGCAACUUUCCAGCUUUGAUGGUGGAGCAAGACCUAAAGUGCCCCUCCAUGCAUUAUUUCAUCAUGCAGUGCUUUGUUAAAGCUUUGGGGGUAUAGUGGCGGGGCCCAUAAGGUGGGGAAAAAGUGAUAUCACUAGAGUCAUUAUUAUUUUUGCAGGCCAAUAUCGCUUUUGCGGACCCGCGCGUGCACUUAUUUCGGUCAGUCAAACGAACGCUUUUGAGAAGGAUUUAUAAUAUUGGUGUCAACUCGGUAAAUAAGUGCCAAAGCAUAUGCAAAGAGCUCUAGAUUAAAAACUGUUUUAAAUGAUUUUUUUAUUUGUGUAAUGACUCUAUUUUCUGCAUAUCAGUAACUUUGUUACAUAUUGUGGUCCUAACAAGAAUUCAUUUUCUUUGACAUGUAUCAAAAUAAGUGAGAGCAAGUGAUAGUGAUUUUAUCAUAUAGAGUAAAAGCAAACUGAUAAAUAAUUUGAUAUACGUGCUUUUAACUUGCACAUUAAGGUGAAUUGAGGAAAGCCAUUUAUUGUGAUUUUAAAUAAAACAUCAGAUCACAUUAAAUGUCGAGCAAGCAAAUGUUUCUUCUAAAAUUUUAUACCCUCAUCUGAGCGCGAUCAUAAUCUAGGCUAUAACCACCCGCGUCACUCAACACGGCGGAAAAAAACAACAACUUGGAAAAGCAAAUAUAUUAUAAACAUAUAUAAGAAAGUAUUGGAGCAACCAAUGAAAAAACUACCACUUGGAAGUUUCUAGCACUAAAACUUUACUUUUUAACUUCCAACAUGACUAUAUAUAAUCAAACCGUGUAGAUAAUAUAACUGCUGCCAGAUGAAUUGCCUACAUGUGUAACAGAAACGAAAUGCGACACAUGUUUACAAUUUUAAAAGAUAUAUAAAGUCAAAACCUUAAAAUGGAUUCAUGGACUAGCCUAGUAGCCUUGUAAAUGCUUCACUCGGAAAUGAAACUAGACAUAGCAGUCUGCUUAACUACAAAAUUUAACGUAUAUCCCUCUUAUUUUGUUGUUACUUUGCAGAAUCAAGGUCAUACAACUUCUAUUAAUAUAAGAGUUCAUCAAAUAAACACACCGGUAGAUUAUCCGAGUGAUGACGCAAAAGAGCACAUGGCACAUAUCUCUGAGGGACUACAAGAUCAAUCAGCUUCUACGGCUGGUGAAGCGAAAGAAAACUAUACGGAGGAAACAGAUGGCGCUGUGUCAGACGAACAGUUAGAUAAUUAUGGCUAUCCGUCAAACGAACAUUCAACUAACUCUACAGAGGAUUUUCAAAACAAUUUUGAUGACGAAAACGGUGACAUGGAUGGUCAUGUAAUGGAAAAGAUGAAUCAUAAGGUUUUCUUUUAUGAUCAUCCCGUGCUUAGGAGAAUAGAAGGCAAACCUGUUUUCUACAUAUCAGCAAUUGCUGAAGAAAAUGUUCCAAGCAAUAUUUUAACAGCACCUAAUGGCAGUGUUUUUCACGAAGAGAAGACAGGGGACAACGUUAAUCAUGAUACAGAAAAUGAAAAGGGGAAUAAUCAUUACGGAAACAGUACUAUCAAGUCCCGCACCUUUCUGCAACCCCUUGAGUACUACUCUAACAGCCAACGACACGGUAUCAUAACACUAAAUGGUUGGGAAGGUUACCAGUUUGCAAAAGCACGGUACUACUGUUGUUACAGGUAUGACAAUAACGUAACAUCUGUUGCCGUUAGAGAACGGAAUAAUCACAAAGUAGAUAAACGUAAACGAAAAACAAAACACGCAGAAAAGCAUACAAAUCAAGAAAAUAACAGCAUUGGAAUUAAAUCAUCGCCUAUGUUGUGGAAAAAUAUUUGGAAUAUGCACAUAUUCAAAAUUAUCAAAGCAGCACAAUUUGUGUGCCCUCUAAUACCAAUGGAAAGUGGUGGUACUGUAACAAUGGGCAGCGAUGCUAAUAAGAACAAAUUUCCUACAAAGGUUGCUUUAUCGGACAAAGAAAACUGCAAGAAUGAGAAGAUUUUAAAGUAUAUUGAUAUAGAAAGACAACCACCAAGGCGGAAGGAUUCUAUAGCAGUGUGUCCGAAAUUGGUAUACGGUAAUUAUUCUGCGGACAGACUCAUUGAGUGGUUUGAGUUUAACAAACUUAUGGGAGUCGACAAAAUCAUGUUGUUUACAUAUAACAUUGUGGACGAUAUUAAAGUUGUGCUAGAUCAUUACGUCAAAGAGGGAUUACUCAUCACAAGAGAAUUUGAUAUUCCUGCAAAGAUGAGUUUCAGUCGGAAACCAGGCGGCAAGAAUAUGCUGGCUUUCCAGGACGAACAAGUUACCGUGUUUGAUUGUAUAGAACGUUUCAAUGGUUUCCGGUUUGUUGCUGUCCUUGACCUCGAUGAGUUUCUAGUUCCGGCAGAUGCAGUAAAUGCUGACGUCACCUGGCGAACUAUGCUGAACCAGCUUCAGAAUACUAAUCCAAAUGCCUCUGGUUUUGUUUUUCAUACCCAAAUUUUUACCCUGGACUGGGGCAUAAGUAAUCCCAGGGGAAAGUUGUUUGUUACAAAGCAUAUUAAGCGGACGUCAACAAUGUGGGACCGGAGAAAAAAUGUUAUUAUUCCAGAAAGAGUCGGACGUGGUAUGGUCUGGACACAUGCAUAUACAAGUGCUAGUGGAUAUAUACCGGUCAAGGUUCAGUCUAAGAUAGCUAACAUAUUUCAUUAUAGAAAUUGUCGACGUCAUUGGAUCAAGUCGAAUACUUGCAUGAAAAGAAGACUUAAACAUAUGGACAAAACAAUGGUCUUAGUCAUGAACAGAAUUGAAAAACAGAUUUUAGAAAUGAAAAGUAAACUUUUAAAAAGUUAAAUAAUCAGUGAAUUUUCCCAUCUUUUACCCCAUUAAAUUUUUCGCGUUACGUUAAUGUCCCGAUGUUAUAGACAACAGCUAUUUUCGCCUCUAUAUAUACGCGUAGUAACGAAAUCGCGAGCCAAAAAUUCAUCUGUGUUUUAAAAUUACCGUGUCACAUUCUUCGUUAAUAUUAGCAAAAAAUGAAAGUAUCACGAAUCGUACCCAAUAUAAAGUACAUGUAUGAAGUUAUUCACCACAUGAAACACUGUCAGUUUUGUCUCCUAUAGAAUCAGCCAUGAUGGAGCCUUUCUAAAAUGUGAAUGGAAAAUUUCCCCAGAGCGUGAGUACAGACUGAAGAGAGAUGAUUUCAUUGUCAAUAUUUAUUCGGUUACAAGGAUCUAUAUAUAUGAUUGAUGAGAAGAUCAAUGGUCAUUACAGACUAAGGUUAUCGACCAUAACAUUAAUUGUCUGAUGAUUAAUGUAAACAUUAAUUUACUGAAGCAAAAAAAAAACAA